AUGGCCGACCCGGAAUUAAAUGUGGAUAGCCUGAUUAUGCGACUCUUAGAAGUCCGGGGUGCCACCGGAAAACUGAAGACAGUUCAAAUGAAUGAGGCAGAAAUUAGAUCACUGUGUCUGAAGUCCCGGGAAAUAUUUCUUAGCCAACCCAUACUUUUAGAAUUAGAAGCACCAUUAAAAAUUUGUGGAGACAUUCAUGGGCAAUACACAGACUUGUUAAGGUUGUUUGAGUAUGGUGGUUUUCCUCCAGAGUCCAACUAUCUCUUCCUUGGGGAUUAUGUCGAUAGAGGCAAACAAUCAUUAGAAACUAUUUGCUUAUUACUGGCCUACAAGAUAAAACACCCUGAGAAUUUUUUCUUACUAAGAGGGAAUCAUGAAUGUGCCAGCAUCAAUCGCAUUUACGGGUUUUAUGAUGAAUGCAAACGUAGAUUCAACAUAAGGCUGUGGAAGACAUUCACAGAUUGUUUCAAUUGCCUUCCAGUUGCUGCCAUCAUUGACGAGAAAAUAUUUUGUUGUCAUGGAGGUCUCUCACCAGACUUACAAUCCAUGGAACAAAUUCGUAGAAUCAUGAGGCCCACAGAUGUCCCUGAUACUGGUCUAUUAUGUGAUCUUCUCUGGUCUGACCCCGACAAAGACAUCCAAGGUUGGGGGGAGAAUGAUCGGGGGGUGUCCUUUACGUUUGGCGCAGAUGUUGUUACUAAGUUCCUUAACAGACACGAUCUUGAUCUUAUCUGUAGGGCGCACCAGGUUGUAGAGGAUGGUUAUGAAUUUUUUGCCAAACGACAACUUGUAACGUUAUUUUCCGCCCCGAACUACUGUGGUGAGUUCGACAACGCUGGUGGAAUGAUGUCUGUCGAUGAAUCUCUCAUGUGUGCUUUCCAGAUUUUGAAGCCGUCAGAAAAAAAGACGAAGUAUCAAUAUUCUGGCUUGAACUCUGGCCGACCGACCACCCCAAUGAAAGACAAAGACCUACCAGGAAAGAAGAGAUAA